GAGGCGGGAGCGCGGGCGCGUCCCCGAGCGCAUCCUUGAGGAGUACGCAGGCACAGAAGAAAACAUCCUACAGUUCGGCCACCCAUUCAGCUGGAGGAACGAGCUGUACAAAUUCAUGGACAUUAAAUAGAUAUAUCACUUUCUUUGCUUUUUAUUUUUUGUUUUCUGUCCGCAGCAAAGCCACUGGACUUUCAGAAUGGCUGAGAUUACAAAUUUAAAACAAGCCUAUGAGGUUUCCCCAGUCCUUGCAGGUUUUCUUGGCGCAGGGGUCUUGGUCGUCUCUGUGACAGUGGCUGUUUUCCUGUGGACGUGCUGCCAGCGACGCUACCGGCAAAUGACAGGCAACUACAAGCUUACCAGUGGCCCCUAUGACCCACCUGUUGACCCCCCCUACAAGUUCAUCCAUAUGCUUAAAGGCAUCAGCAUCUACCCUGAGACCCUCAACAACAGCAAGAAGAUUGUACGGGUUGGCCGUCACUCAGGAUCAGGGUCCUUCAUGAGAGAAUGGGGUCGUGGGACAAGAAACAGUGACGUUGUCCUUGUAGAUCCAGAUUCCGAAGGUGGACUGCUGAACGGUAUCCCGCACCUACAGAUGAACCACCUGAUACCUCCUGUAGCACCUCCCAGACUUGAGAGGGCACUACCCAUUCGGGCAGACUACUGCUGUCUGGAGAGCAGUUCGGCAAGCAGCAGCGAAGCGCCCAGUAAAACAGCGACGCCCUACAGUCUAAACUCGCCCUCUCUGGGCACGCUCAGUCUGGCUAUCGACUACAACUUCCCCAAGAAAGCACUUGUUGUCACUAUUGUAGGAGCACAGGGGCUUCCCGCCGUGGACGAACAGGCAGGCAGCUCUGACCCCUACAUUAAGAUGACCAUCCUUCCAGAGAAGAAGCACCGGGUGAAGACACGUGUAUUAAGGAAGACCCUGGUGCCUGUUUUCGACGAGACGUUCACCUUCUAUGGCAUUCCAUACAGCUCGCUGCCCGAGCUCACGCUGCACUUCCUUGUGCUCAGCUUUGAUCGGUUUGCACGGGAUGAUGUCAUCGGGGAGGCGGUAGUAUCGUUGGCGGAUGUGGACCCCAGCACGGGCAGAGCGAACAUCACUCAGCAGAUCAGCAAGAGGCACACACAGUGUGAAUUUCGUGGGGAGUUGCUGAUCUCUCUGUCCUACCAGCCUGUUACUCAUAGGCUUAAUGUGGUGGUGCUUAAGGCCAAACACCUGCCAACCAUGGACAUCACUGGCCUCUCAGGCAACCCGUAUGUUAAAGUGAACGUAUUCUACGGCCGCAAGCGCAUAGCCAAAAAGAAGACACAUGUGAAGAAAUGCACACUCAACCCUGUUUUCAAUGAAUCAUUUAUCUACGAUGUUCCUGCUGAGCUAAUGCCGGACAUCUCCGUGGAGUUUCUGGUCAUUGAUUUUGAUAGCACCACAAAGAAUGAGGUGGUGGGCCGCCUGGUUCUGGGUGGUCAAAGCCCCAUUCCAUCAGGGGUGACUCACUGGAGGGAAGUUUGUGACAACCCUCGGCGGCAGAUUGCCAAGUGGCAUAACCUUUCAGAGUACUAGCAUCUGGCUAACACACAGGGAAAGCAAAGUGUACCACUUCUUUCCUUUCACCCCCUAUAGUAAAAGAAGCCCAUUUAACCAUCUCCCCUUCCCUAUGAGACAGGCGUGUGUGUGUGGGUGAGUAUGUGUGUCAACAUUUCAAAGGACCACAGGCCCUACUAAAAAAAAUUAGAAGAAAAUACCUAGUACUCUGAUGAACCAAUAGCAAAAAAACAAAUAAAAGACUAUGAUUGAUCCUACAAAAAAUACAAAAUAACCAUGUUAAUGUGUAAUGUGCUUUUCGGCUCUGAUAAGAUACUACGAGAAUUACACCUGUAUGAGAGUCAUACCACAGUAUCCUCAGAGCCCUUUUACCACCGGCAUAGUCAGAAUAUACAGUGGGCUACAUCCAAUUAGCCAAAUGCUAGAUAAAUUUAAACACUAUUAUUUUUAGAAAAUAAUAGUGUUAUUUUCUAAAAAUAAUAGUGGGUUGUAUGAAAAUGGAGGGUUGUAUGAAAAUGUUUAGAUGGAAUCUGAUGAAUGGGAAUAGUCUGAUAGAAAGAGGACACCAUGAACGGUUUUACUUAAGCAUGUUAGCUAACAUGCUAAUAUUUACCCCAGAUGACAAGGUUGAAAUAUGGCUAUCAUCCACAUCCAGCUAAAAGUUUUACAUUUUGUUUUUGUAGUGAUUGCUUAAUGAACCUAAAACUCAGACAAAAGCUUUUCCUGAGAUUUUAAAACUCUGGAGGAAUUCAAACUCUAAACGUAGGCUAAUGCUGCAUUCAGGUCCUCCUGGAAAUUUAGUCCUUACAAGGUUAGAAGUUGUAAAUACGAUGUGAUGUGCAUUCAAGGGAUUUUAGUCAGAAAGAAUGAACCUGUUUUGCUAUUUCAUAUUUAUUUCUCUCUUUUUCACAUACUGACAAAGACAAGAGUCUUUUUUAGCACCAGUGCAACAAAACAAAAAGCAAAGCCAUGCAUUGUGUGUGUAAAUUAUGCUUUAUCUAUCUAUUUUAUCAUUCUUGUGCCGCCACAUAUAAUGAGGGGAAAUGUAGUUUUGUUGCACAAGUCUCUUGCUAUUCUUCAUUAACACACUAAAUUGUACAGUCAAAAUCUGCAAGUAACUGAAUUAUUACCAGGACCAUUCUGCUUUUGCCACGAUUCUUUAGGUAUUCCACUGAUUAUUAUGACUUUGUGAUGCUGUUCGUGGUCGCUGAACUCGUAAAUAAGAUCAUUCUGGCGUUGGUGGUGUUGUGGCACAAAUUUUAGUCACCUACCAAAUUAAAAUUAGUGUGCACUAGCUCAGGACUAAAAAGAAAUAAUAAUAAUAAUAAUAAUAACAAAUUUUAAUGUUACACAAAGUAAAGUCCUAUUUUUUCCUUAUUUUUAUGUGAUAGCUGCUUUAUUUAUUUGUAGAUGUACUUAUUCUUUAAGAUGGUAUUUUCUAGUUUACUCAGUUUAAACACUUCCAUGAUAUGUUUGUAAUCAGCCUAUCUCAACAAUGAUCUCAAAGAACUGUACAACUUUUCGUUGGCUGUUAUGACCAUAGCACAGAGAUCAGGGAGGCUGGCCAAAAAAAGUUGGAAACAAAGCAGAAGGUAAAGAAGCGUACUGUUGGCAAAUGUAUAACUAACAUAAUUUCUGUUGCCAUUGAAUAUGUGUUUUAAAGCCAAUCAACUUAUUCUUAAAGAUGAAGUCUGUACAUUCUGUGCCACUAAUGUAACAAAAUGGAAUUACAAAAAUAAUUUUCGUACAGGUUUCCCCAAACACUCACCCCAUCUGCCAUUGGUGGAACAAACAGACAGUCCCGCCUCAAACUCAUGCUAUUGAUUAAGCCAAAGUUGCUAAUUGCUCAAACAAACUGUAAAAGAGUUUUGAUAGCACAAAAGUGUUUACACUUUUUGGGGAAAUUAACACUUCAAAUGGCUUAUAUAAAGUUGUCUCAAUAUUAAACCAGGCUACGAGGAGGUAUUUUGACAAAGUAAUUACACACUUCAGUUUUACUAUUUUUUUGGUCAGGAUGUGCAUAAUGUAUCAUAGAACGUUACAUUGGUACUCUUAUUUUUUCAUGGAAAUAAAAUAACUUAAAUUUGAGCUUUUUAGCCACCCCAACUUUUAUCUUGUAUUAACUGCUUCAAUACCCUGUUUGGCAGAAAGCCUAUUCAUUCUGAUCCUAGUGAUAAUAAUUGUUAAAUUAUUUAGCUGAUAAAUAUGCAGAUUUGGACCAAUAUGUGCACUUUUGUAGAGUACUGUAUUUUUGUGAUAUGUGUUCAACAGAAAGAAUAUAUAUAUAUAUAUAUAUAUAUAUAUAUAUAUAUAUAUAUAUAUAUAUAUAUAUAUAUAUAUAUAAACGUAACAACUAUGGUAGGACUAAUAACUGACUGUGGCAUUAACCAUUAAUAUAGUUGAAACUAACCAAAGUAGUGAUAAUAGACCAAUGGGUUUGUGGUGUGUAUAUCUCACCCUCUGAGUAGGUGUUGGGGACCAUGAUGAAGCAACUCACACUUCAGUCUUAAACGGGCAUAGGUUCACAGGCAGUCGUGUGUGUGUGUGUGUGUGUGUGUGUGUGUGUGUGUGUGAGCGUGUAUUUAUCACUUUGUGGGGACCAAAUGUCCCCAUAAGGAUAGUAAAACCCGAAAUUUUUGACCUUGUGGGGACAUUUUGUCGGUCCCCAUGAGGAAAACAGCUUAUAAAUCACACUAAAUGAUGUUUUUUGAAAAUGUAAAAAUGCAGAAAGUUUUCUGUGAGGGUUAGGUUUAGGGGUAGGGUUAGGUUUAGGGGAUAGAAUAUAAAGUUUGUACAGUAUAAAAACCAUUAUGUCUAUGGAAAGUCCCCAUAAAACAUGGAAACACAACAUGUGUGUGUGUGUGUGUGUGUGUGUGUGUGUGGAUGUGUU